AUGCGAAAAUUUUCUCAAAAUUCAAAAAAGAAAGAUAAUAACCGUCUUAUAAAAUGGAAAUCUCACGAAUUUCCGACUCUUGAUAAAGAACAAGUUCAAUCUUGGACCCCCGAACAACUUGUUGCUCACCUUUAUUCAAUAUUCAAUUUACAAAGAAAUUUUCAAAAUGAUCCAUUUAUAAAGGAUUUAUUGCAAAAAUUCAAAACAAUCGAAAUUGAUGGUAAUAGAUUUUUGGAAAUGGACAGAAACGAUUUUUUAAGAAUCGUUAAAGAAUGCCGAAAUCCUAAAGGGUAUAUAAUUGGAUUAUUGGAAGGGGAGAUGUUUAGAUUAAACGGUCGAUAUUGUGAAGAUAUUUAUCGUGAUCCUUUUCAUCCAAGCAGAAUAAUUAAUUCCGAUAAAAGUUUUCAUUGUUUACUUGUUAGAAAUUUGGAUAUAAUCCCUCCUUCUCAUGACAUCCGUCGAUAUUUAGCCAGUCCUUUAACAUUACGAAUUCCUAUACCUUCAAUGUAUCUUCGUGAAAAUUUAAACCCGGGAAUUUUUUGUUACUUGAUUGCUCAAGAACAAUGCUUGAAUCAAUCUAAUUGCUUAAUGACUGCUCCAACUUUAUCUUUACCUUUCCUCACUGCUCUAACUUUUCCUUGCGUAAUUAAUUCUCAAGAUAUCGUUUUAUUAAAUUACACACUAAUUAUUGAUGCUCUAAUUCAAGGCACUUUCAAUAGUUUUCAACAAUUCGAAAAUUUUCAAUGGCUUUAUAUUGCUCGAACUACCACCAACAUCACUUCUUGUUCAACUGAAUCCCCUGAGGAUUCACUUCGUCCUGAUUGGAUGUGUUGGAUUAAUAAACUUUUACUUGUAUUUCAAGGAAUACAACUUUCCGAAGAUACAGAAUGGCAAAUUGGGAUCUACAAAUUAAUGUCUAAAAUUCAUUGGAGAUCAAUGUAUUAUGCUAAUUUACCAUAUACUUUCGCCUACAUUUCAAAAGGUCCAAAAUUAAGGUUUUAUUUAUAUCGACCAAAUUUUCAUCAAACUUUCACACCAUUAAUUCAAAUAUCUCAAGAAUUUGAUUUGGAUUCCAUAAUGGAUCGACUUGGAAUUAUAAAGACAACUCUUAAUAUUUAUUCAAUUUUCAAAACCAUUAAAAGGCAAUGGAAUCAUUUCACAAAAAUGACAAUAUUUCCUUCUUCAACCAUUAAUCCAUUAUAUUUAUCAAUUCAAAGAAAUGGUGAAAUUACAAUAGAAUUUCUUGGAGAAUUUGUUAGAAAAACUGUAUCAAAAAAUUUUAUGAAUCUUUAUUUCGAUUAUAAAGUCUUAUGUGAAAUUUAUCAAGACACUAGAUUCAUUAAGAAUUUGGUACAUUGCGUUGACAAUGAUUGUAAUUAUUCAACACCUAUAAUGAAACAAGAUGGUGGAUGUAAAAUAUUGAUUCAUCCAGUUGGAUAUAAUUAUUAUCCCAAAAAUGAAAAUGAAUUAAGGAAUUGUUUUAAGACUAUAUUGGAAGUACUUCGAGAUAUGCACAAUGUAGGAUGGACACAUCGAGAUAUUCACUGGGGAAAUAUAAUGAGACAAGAAGAUAAUAAUAAAGCUGGUGAAUGGUUAUUAAUUGAUUUGGAAUUGGGUAGAAGAGUUAAUGAUAUCUUGGAUAUCACUUUAUGGAACAGGUGGCCUAAGGAAGCUGAAAAAGGGAAAAUAUAUAAAGCAAAUUAUGAUGUUUGGCAAAUAUGGAGAGUAAUACAAGAAAGGGGUGAUGAUACUAAAGGUUACAGUAAGAAAUUUUGGAGUUUUCAGGAAAUGAUUGGAAGAGCGGUUAAAGACGAUAUUAAUGCUGAAAUUGCAUUAAAACACGAGUGGUUUGGUGAAUAA